AGGACAUAAAAUAAUGCUAAUGAAGCAGCCAUUUCCCUGAAGUUCAAGUUUUCAGACUCACUGCCAUUAUGGAUGAGCAGCAAGCUUUAAAUUCAAUCAUGCAGGAUUUGGCUGUGCUUCAUAAGGCCAGUCGUCCUGUCUUGCCCCAGCAAGAAACAGGAAAACCAAAGUCAUCUUCGCCUAAAAAACAGAACGAUGUUAGAGUCAAAUUUGAGCAUCGAGGUGAAAAAAGGAUCCUGCAAUUACCAAGGCCUGUUAAACUUGAAGAUCUUGCAGCUAAAGCUAAAGUCGCUUUUGGACAGACUAUGGAUUUACAUUACAGCAAUAAUGAGCUUGUCAUUCCAUUAACCACGCAGGAUGACCUGGACAAAGCUGUUGAACUGCUUGACCGUAGUGUUCAUAUGAAGAGUCUCAAGAUACUGCUUGUAAUACAUGGAAAUACACAGUCACCCAGUGUAAAUAGCGUGGAACCCUUGCCCUCACUGGAGGAUCUAGAUAACACAGUGUUUGGUGUGACAGACAGAAAAAGGCGCCUGUCUGUUAUAGGUUCUAAUACUCGUGACAGGAGUUCACCUCCCCCAGGAUACAUUCCAGAUGAGCUGCAUCAGGUGGCCCGAAAUGGGUCCUUCACCAGUAUCAACAGUGAGGGUGAAUUCAUUCCAGAAAGUAUGGAUCAGAUGCUGGAUCCGUUGUCUUUGAGCAGUCCUGAAAACUCUGGCUCGGGAAGCUGUCCCUCACUUGACAGCCCUUUAGAUGGAGACAACUAUCCCAAAUCUCGGAUGCCAAGAGCACAGAGCUAUCCAGAUAAUCAUCAGGAAUUCUCAGUAGAGUAUGAUAUCCCAAUAUUUGAGAAAUUUGGAAAGGGGGGGACUUAUCCCCGAAGAUACCAUAUUUCAUAUCAUCAACAAGACUACAAUGACGGUCGUAAAACUUUUCCAAGAGCCAGAAGGACUCAGGGAAACAGCUUCCGAUCACCAGUUAGUUUCAGUCCCACUGAUCACUCACUGAGCACCAGUAGUGGAAGCAGUGUCUUUACGCCGGAAUAUGAAGAUAACCGAAUGAGGAGGAGGGGAAGUGACAUAGACAAUCCUACCUUGUCAGUCAUGGACAUUAGCCCACCCAGUCGCUCACCACGAGCUCCAACUAACUGGAGACUUGGUAAACUGCUGGGUCAAGGUGCAUUUGGCAGAGUAUAUCUGUGUUAUGAUGCUGAUACCGGAAGAGAACUAGCUGUUAAACAAGUUCAGUUUGAUCCUGAUAGUCCAGAAACCAGCAAGGAAGUAAAUGCACUUGAAUGUGAGAUUCAGUUGCUGAAAAAUCUGCUGCAUGAAAGAAUUGUUCAGUAUUAUGGCUUCUUGAGAGAUCCACCAGAAAGAACUCUCUCUAUAUUCAUGGAAUAUAUGCCUGGGGGUUCCAUCAAAGACCAAUUGAAAUCAUAUGGAGCACUCACAGAAAAUGUGACUCGUAAAUAUACGCGGCAGAUUUUGGAAGGAGUUCACUAUUUGCACAGUAAUAUGAUUGUCCAUCGAGAUAUUAAAGGAGCAAAUAUUCUGCGAGAUUCAGCAGGCAAUGUGAAACUUGGCGACUUUGGUGCCAGCAAACGACUGCAGACCAUCUGUCUCUCUGGUACAGGAAUGAAGUCUGUCACAGGAACUCCAUACUGGAUGAGUCCAGAAGUUAUUAGUGGAGAAGGGUAUGGCAGAAAAGCAGACAUCUGAUAAAAGCUAUGAAAGCAGCCUUUAAGAAGAAUUGGUAUGUACUCUGCUGUAAAGGACCUUUGCUUUAUAAGCAAGAUUUAGUGACAGCAGAGAUGGGAAGUUUAAUGUAGAGCCUAAUAGUUUAUGUAGGUAAUUUAAAGAUCAUAUAAUUGAAACGAUUCAUUUCAAACAGAUUAAGAAGGUACCAAAACCAAGGUGAAAAUGUAUAUAAAAAUCAGUACUGGACAGUGAUAUCUGAAAAGGUAAGGAAAUUUUAUAUUACCAAAAAAGGACAUUAAAGGGAAAAUGUAACCAGGUUUAUCUGUAGCAUUCAUAACAUUUAAAUAUACUAUUCUAAAACAAAACUGCACUCUCUGAAGCUUGAAAACUUUCAGAAUCUAGUUUUCUUAUAAUUAUGUGUCCUUUUUGUGAAACAGUGCUGGCUCAUGUAUAUUGCAAUAUCACCUCCUCAUUGUGAUUUUUAAUUACUGAAUAAUAGAGUUUGCUGCUUUUGUGCCUUUUCUAAAAAACAGCAUUCAGUCAUGACAACGGUAGGCAUUUUGGAGCCAGGAACAAAAGAAUUUGCAGAAUGCAUUUUCCUUAAUUUCUUUGACAUAACAGAAAGCUGCCAACAUAAAAACAGUGCUUCUUAAAUGAAGACGACAUUUGCCAGUUCCAGUGAUUCUAGUAAAAUCGUAUUAAUUUAACCAAGAUUAGGCUUGAGCUUUUUUUUUUUUAACCCUAUGGAGAAUUUGUCUACUGACUUAAGCAACUUACAGUAAAUUAGAUGGUUAUUUGCAUAAAUGUUUUGAGUUAGAAAUAAUUAUGAAGCUGAAUCAAACUUUUACAAAAGGUUAGCUAAUAUUUAUUCUCUAUUGGGGUAAUGUAGUAAAACAAGCUGCAUUAAAUAACAUAGUACCUCUGUAUACAUAUACAACAUCUGUAAAACACUUAACAUUGACUACUGGUGUGAUAACAAACCCUAGUUCUAGAAUUUGAGCGGGCACAUGGAAUUGCAUGCUUAAAACUCCAUUGGAGGAAGGCUGCAGAGCCAAGAUCCCUGCUCACCACUUCUAGUAUCUUACUAACAAAAAUACCAGCAUUUUAGAAUCAUGAAUUAUUCUUAAUUGUUGAAUCCAAUUACUAGAAAAUGCCAAUGAAAACAAUACUGUUGCAGGGUUGUUUUGCUUUUCUGUAAAUGCCAUGAUGAAGCCAUGCUCUCAAAAAACAAGGAUCAAGGUUUACAGUGAGUAUGCAUAUUUUCAAAGGACUCACUUAUCUGCUAAUGAAUUUUGUAAUUCUGUUUGUUGCAUGUAUUAACAUUAAUGGUGUAACUAACAGUCCUGCUCAAGUGCAACUGAAAGUUUCAGUCAUGUUAGAGCAAGGUUUUUUUUUUUAAUUUGGGUGAUAGAAAUAUCCAUGCAAGGACUUAAAAAGGUAUGGAUCUAAUAACUGCAAAGUUAAACCUGCAUAGGCUUUUUUUCUUGACAGUUUAAAUAGUCUUAAAAUUUUAACUUGAUUUCCAAUUUGAUUUGUAGCCAAACAGUCCUUUCAGUACAACAAAAUGAAAAGUUGGUUUUUUUCAGCUAGUGCCUUUUUAUCUGUAUGCCUUAAUUUUGUUCAUAUUUGAACACCAUGUUGAAAUAUGUCAUGCAAUUCCAUGUCACCAAAACAGUCUUAGAAUAUGGGUUUUUUCAAAGUGUCGAAAACAGAAUUCGUCUAACUGCACUGAAAAGUAUACUUUAGUUAUAAUCUGCUGCAGACAUUUAAAUUGAGAAUUUUAAAAGGUGCUUUUUGGAGCACUUCCUGAAGGCUUCGUGUGCUAAUAGAGGUUUUGUAUUUGCGUUUUGGAGAUGGUACGCUGAUGUGCAUACCAAGAAAAGGACUUUUCUGCACUCACAGAAGUACUGGUAAGAGUUGAGAUUUAGCUUCCUAGCUGUGGGUACUGGACUCUGGGUUUACUGUAGAGACUGCAGCAGAGUUCUUCAUGGAUUUGAAGUUACAGUUGGUACACUCAUAAAUGUGGUACUGUAUUAAAAGCUGUUUACUUUCAACACACAGGAAUAUGAUGUGUCUAAGCAAAUCAACAGAUAUCUCAGUGAAGCUAACAUCGUGCCCAUGAAAUUCUUUCCUGUGCCUUUUGGAUAAUCUUAAUCCUGCCGUUGUCUUGACUGAAAGCCUUGUAGCACCUGUAGGUACAGCGCAGUACAGCAAGCCAUUCUUUCAGACAACUUGGAGCAAUGUCUAACUGUAGCUUCAGAGACUUGAGCAAAUUAGUCAGAUCUACAGUUAUUUGUAACCAAUUUCUUACUUUUUUAAUCUUGAAAGUCUUUGUCACACCUAUAGAAAAGCAUAAUUUGUGUGCUUGAAUGUUAGUCCCUAUGGUGUUUCUGGAAAAGCAGAAGUAUUACCGCCAGUAUAAUUUCUUCUUGCUGGUAACUUCCUGUCUGGUGUUAAUGACAAGUCUGCAGUGUAAAAUCACGUACAAUUACCAAAGCUUUUCUAUCCCCAUAUACAUAUAGCCAAAAGUGAUGUUUCAUGGAUUAGUACUGUUACUUAUAGAAACAUAUAUAUCCAUCAGUAAGCUAUUGCUAACUGAGUAAAGCAGGUACUAGUAAAAAGUGAUAGACAGUGCCCAUAUUUAAGAGAUUUGGGUGUUUAUAGUUGUUGUUUUGAUGUGCAAAAUUCAUGCCAGCAUUAAAAUGAAGAGUUUGCUUUUUAAAACUCUUUCUACCUUAAUCUUACUGUUGUCAUUCUAAAAGUAAUGCAUAAGCUUGGUGACUAAACCUGGUGACUUUUAUAGCCAGGUUUGAGUUUUGGGACAUUUAAGGAACACCGUGAAGAUGUGUGGAUUUGUGACCUGAACCGCUCUGCGCCAUAAUGAGAGCAUUUCAAAGCUGCUGGGAGGCAGUCCGCUUGACGUGACAGCCUAAACGUCACCCACAGUAACAGGGGUGUCGGUGCUGCCUUCAGGAGGAGCCACAAAUGCACACCAAAGGGGGCAGGCAGAAUUGCUGCCAGCCCGCGGUUUCUGAAUCAAAAUCCUUGGUCAGAAACAAAGGAGCUCCUUUCUCUUUUUAUUUCCCCCAGCUGGCCUGCACGGUUUCUUUUUCUUUCUAGCUGGCAUAACUUCAAAACUGCACAGGUGGUGGCCACUGAUAGCUCCCGAAUGGGGUGCGAGUUCAUGUACAGCUUUAUACCAGGGCCCUGUCACUUGAACCCAGGACGCUGCAGCUCCCUGCGUGCUGGAGCAACCCUUGGGUUUUCUCUAGCAAUAUAUACACGUACAUAUUGGAGGGGUAGACGGGAUGGAGGAAACGAAGUUUCUCGCGUUUCAAAGCACCGAUGCUAGCAGUCAUGCUUUGGCUAGGUCUUAAUGUUCAUAAACGUAUUUUAAAGGGGGAGGAACUGGAUUAAGACACAUUAAAAUUGUAACCCAUGGUUCAGCCCUUACGUUGAGUCCACCGAUGAGAUUUGGAGGUCAGGGUCUGCUGUCGAGAGAGAAGGAAAAAGAUACUCUUAACUCCAGAGUGGAUAUUCAUGGGAAAUAUUUCAGAGGUUUUUCAUGUCUUUUACCCCAGAACUAGACGAUCCUUUUCCCCAGAGGUUAUAUAACGUGGAUUUAAAAACAAGGAUUGCAUUUUCUUUUCUGAACAGGCAUUAGAUUGUUGGUUCCCUAGUGUUUGUCUCUCGUUAAUACCAGUAAAAAAGGUGGUGUCAUCCUAAAAUUGGAACGGUUUAUUAAAGCAUAGCGUCUGUCAUCUCAGACCUCGCAGGAGUCGUAUAAUGGAAUAUCACUGUAAAUACAUGGAGGAGACUUAGAUGAAUUGGAACGUAGGCUUUUAGUUUUCAUGAAGCUAUGAAUAAAAAUUUGUAAAUUUACUCUUGAUCUAAUGUACAUUUUUAUGUAGCCAUUAAAUUCUCUAUUUAAUCUAUCAGUUUCUCACUGUAAAUGUUUUUACUCUCAGUUGAAUGCUGGGCACAGUUUGUAAUGUAUGUACACAAAGGUGUUUUUUUCUAUCAACGUUGACUUUUUUGCACAUUUUUGGAAAUAUUUAAUUUGUACACUGAUUUAAUACUCUGACCAAUUGUUGAUGGGUGUAUGAGAAUCACGUGUGUGUGCAAUGUACUACUGUCUGGAUGUAUGGUUUUUUUAUUACUUUUGAGAUGUUGCUACCAGUAACUGCACUGCUGUUGCUGCUUUACAUGGAAUAUC